UAGACAGGAAGCAGAUUCACGCUGAAGAGCAUGAGGCUCGUCGCUGCAGGAACCAGUGGAAGAUGCUGUUUUAUGACUGGUGUAUGUGUGUGAGCGUAUCAGGGAACCAACACUUUCACCAUUGGAACCAUGAACAAACGGAAACUGAGUUUCAAGUGGUUUGGGAGCUUCACUAACCUCUCCACCCACCGCCUGUCACAGAAGGGCAACAGUAAGGCUGCCCCAGAGCAUGAUGGGAGCCUCGGCGGGGCCAAACCAGCAUUGGCUGGGGUCCAGUCAGUGGAUGACAUGGAGUCCUGCCUCCGCAGCCCCAGCUAUGUCUGCUCCACUGACAUGUAUACACAUGUGGGCACUGUGCCCCGCAGCGAGAAGCAGAAGAAGAGCUGCAGGUGGUUGAAGGAGAAGAAGAAGAUAAAGGAGGAGGGGAUGAGUGGAGGGCCGAGCCAGUGGAGGGCGGCGGAACAUGUCCGAGACUCCCCCCUCCUCAGUGCCCUGUCCAGCCACAGCCUGAACCAUCUGGAUCGGACACUGCCUGCCAUGCCGACACCCAGCCGGACGUCACCUUUGACCUCAGCACCUGAAUGCUGCUUCACAGAUCCUCCAGGAGACCCCAUUAUGAUACAGGAGGGAGUGCCAAGGAGCAAAGGUGUUUUAGAAACUGGUGGAUCUGUAGGAAAACCUUCAAACAUGGCAACUAAUGGCCCCAAAGUGGUUCCCAUGCAGGAUGUGUAUGUGCCCAUGGACCCGAUAGCUAAGGGAGCCCACAGCCACACGGACAAGCAAACACAGAGACAGCAGGGUGUCACAAAGACACAGGAAAACAGCAGGACUGAGAGCCGCUCACAGGAAGCGGCAAGUGCUGACAGCCUGCAGGAUGUGACUGACAGCAGUGGAGAAUAUGUGAAGUUCUGCAAAGAGAGGUUCUGGUUGGAGCCACCGUCUGAGAAACUGAGGAAGCAGCUGGAGGAAGAGCUGAAGCUGAGCAGCACCAACCUGAAGAGCCACGCCUGGUACCAUGGACGCAUCCCCUGGGAGGUGUCAGAGAGCCUGGUGCUGAACCACGGCGACUUCCUCAUCAGAGACUCUCUGUCCAGUCAGGGUGACUUUGUCCUCACCAGCCGCUGGAAGCAGAAAACGCUUCACUUCCUCAUUAAGGAGAUGUUGGUUCAGUCCAGUGAGACCUACACUCGGGUCCAGUACAGCCUGGAAGACGAGGCCUUCGACUCCCUGCCGGCCCUCGUUCACUUCCUUGUGGGCAGCAGUGCGGCUCUGACCCGACACAGCGCAGCUCAGAUCCACCAGCCAGUGAACAGGACGCUGCCGCUCAGCUACCUGGAGACAACCUUCUGCACCGCCGCCAGCCAGCUGUCCAUCCGCCGAGGGCUGAAGAACAGCGGUGUGAGCAGCGAGGAGGGGGUCUGUCCAAGGAGCCCUUCCUCUCUCCACUCCUGGGAGGCAGAUGUUAACAGGGGGUGGGACGAUCUGACUGCGGGCGGCUCCCCUCUCUCUACUCCGUACAGCAGCAACACCCCACUGUCCAGAAGUCCUUGCAGUAGCCAGGCAGUCAGCGUGGCUCCAUCCCCGUCCCUCUCCAGGCGCGCCGACCCUGCCCGACCCCUGCCUUCCCCAAAAAACACCCUCCAAAGACAGUCUAACAACAGACCCCAACCUCCUCUGAACCAGGAUGCCCCCUCCUCUGAUACAGAUGGAAGCUGCUACACAGAGCUGUACCCUGGUCCUCAGAGCUACGUGGAUAGGCUGUGGGUAAAGGAAGGUUCAGUGGGCACUGAUCCACUCAGGGUGGAGGAUGGGAACAUGUACUUUUCUCCGGUGGUGGAGACGGUCUCUUGUUUCAAACCAAGCAGGUACCAGUCGUCACUGAUGCCCAAGGAGAAUAAGCCUCUGGAGGUGGGUGUCCUGCGGAGGGUGAAGGAGCUGCUGGCUGAACUUGACCCCAGGGCGGUGGCCAAACACAUCACCAAGGCUGACUGCAUGGUGGCCAGAAUUCUGGAGGUGACUCCGGAGGUGCAAAGGAUGAUGGGAGUUAGUUCUGGGAUGGAGCUGCUCACGCUGCCUCAUGGGCAACAGCUUAGACUGGACCUGCUGGAGAGGUUUCAUACCAUGGCGACCAUGUUGGCUGUGCAUGUGCUGGGCUGCACAGGCACGAAUGAGGAGCGGGCCGGUCUACUUCAUAAAAUCAUCCAAAUUGCCGCUGAGCUCAAGAGCACCAUGGGCAACAUGUUCGGCUUUGCUGCUGUCAUGAGAGCCUUAGAGCUGCCACAGGUGUCCCGUCUGGAGCAGACCUGGACGGCUUUGCGACAGCGACACACAGAGGGCGCUAUUCUCUACGAGAAAACUCUGAGGCCGUUUAUGAAGAGCCUGAACGAUGGAAGAGAAAGCUGUCCACUGUCCAACACCACAUUCCCCCACGUCCUCCCUCUCCUGUCCCUGCUGGAGAAGAGUGUGGCAGUGGGCGAGGGGCCUGAGCCAUGGGAGACUGUGGAAGCUGGUGUGGAUGUGGUCAUGUUCCACCUGGGGGCGGCUAGGACCAUUGCACAGCUGGGAGGCAUCUACCGCUCUAAUGCUGAGAGCAAACUACAAGGUUUCCAGGAGCAGUCUGAACUCCUGGAGCUCUUCCUGACCGACUUCCAGAUGAGGCUGCUGUGGGGGAGCAGGGGAGCUGGGGAGAAGCAGGCCCUGCGAUACGCCAAGUUUGAUCAGGUGCUGACUGCCUUGUCCAACAGACUGGAGCCACCUGUCACUGCACACUGAUCCCAGACCCGUGUUGAUCACUUUGUUUAUCCCAGAUGUCCUUGUUCCCAUUGCUAGGGAGGACAAUCUGUUGGACACUGAGCAGCUUGUCCUGCCUGAAUUUCCCUCUGGAUCAAUAAAGUGUUUAUCUAUCUACCUAUUGAUCCCUUGCUCAACUGUUAGGAUGCUACAAGGGAGCAUAUGAUGAUGUUUCAAACUGACACAGACACAUCUGAUCUACAGCACUGGAAGGCUGUGGCAGUGCAGCACCAGUGUUGUGGCGUCACAGCUCCUGCUUUGGUCUACAUUUGAAUUGUUUGUCACAGGCAUUUAACAUCCUCAUUUAACAUCAACUUCAAUGUUUCAAAGCUUCGGUUCAAGGGUCAGAAAUCGGCAUGUGAUCCCACCACUGUUUUUAAUUUAACACGUUUAGUUUUGUUGCCAGAGAACUUUGUCUAUCCCACUGUGAACCUAAAUGUGAACGCAAGAUAUCAGUGUAAAAAAGUGGUACUGUACCGGUUUAUGCUGAGGUAUGGUGAUUUCGUUCUGCAGAAAGCCUGAGAUCUGUUUUCAUGAAAACAGUUACUGAGAUGAGGCGGUGCCACAGUCUUGGGUUCAUGUAUAGGAACGGUUUUAUGUGUGUGUCGAGGCUGUACCAACUGUAUGUCACUUUGUACAAAUUAAUAACAGAAUAAUAUUGCAGUAGGAUUUUUUAUUUGACAAGAAUAUUUAAUGUAAUCUGGGCUGAGACGGCUGAUGUGCCAGAAUCUCACUUCGUUUUGCCUUUGUGUCUUUUUCUUCCUGUUUCCCUCCAAACUGCAGCUGUACAGUUUUUUACAUGAUCACAUCUACUGUAUUUGUUAUUAUCACUGUGGGACUUGGACUGAAGAGUGAACUGAGCUGCCGCACACAAGUAUAUCACAUUUCUUUUACCUUACAGAGAAUUCAUGUCUAAUAUUUAUCUGAAAUGUGAAAUGUAAAUAAACAUAUUUACCUCGCUA